AUGAAUCUCUUUUUGAUCUUCGCUGCUUCUACUUUAAUUUUCUCUGCUCACUGUCAGUAUUCAAGUGGCGGAGGAGGUGGUGGUUACUCAGGUGGUGGAGGUGGUGGAGGAGACGCUGCUCCACCUCCUCCUCCACCUGCCGAUGCCGCACCAGCUCCAGCCCCAGCUCCGGAACCAGAAGCCGCCCCUGCAGCACCAGCAGCCGAUGCCGGAGGUUAUGCCGCUGCUGCAUCAGCCGGCGGUGGAUCAUAUCCAGCCAAGAAGAGAAGAGUUGCUCGUGACUAUGCUGAAGGAGGAGCUGCUCCAGCUGCUCCAGCAGAACCCGCUUCAGCUCCAGCUCCAGCACCCGAAGCGGCUCCAGCACCAGAACCAACGCCAGCUCCAGCUCCAGAAGCCGCUCCAGCUCCGGCACCAGAUGCCGCUCCAACAGCCCCAGCAGCAGGCGCAGGUGGAUAUUCCGCCGGCGCAGAUGCUCCAACUGGUGGUGGAUCUUAUCCAUCCAAGAAGAGAAGAGUUGCUCGUGAUUAUGCUGAAGAAGGUGCCGCUCCAGCUGCGCCAGCAGAACCCGCCCCAGUUCCUGCACCAGAACCAGCACCAGAAGCCGCUCCAGCACCAGCACCAGAAGCCGCUCCAGUUCCGGCACAAGAUGCCGCUCCAGCAGCCCCAGCAGCAGACGCAGGUGGAUAUUCCGCCGGCGCAGCUGCUCCAGCUGCUGACGGAUCUUACCCGACUAAGAAAAUGAUGAGAUUUUCUCGUCUCGUUAUUUAA